CUCUCUCACUGUAUGUGUUGUAAACAAAGGGUUAUCUCUACCUCUAAACUCUGACUCUAGCAGCACAAGCAAACAAGAAAAAGAAGAAUAAGCAGAAAGGAAAAGCAGAUGGCCGCAGAGCAAACCAAAAAGUACCCGACAAUGCCAGAGGUGGUGGAGGAGUUGAAGAGAAUGACUGGCAUAGGCUUCCCCCUAAUGGCCAUGGGCUUGGUUGGCUACCUCAGAAACAUGAUUUUAGUUGUGUGCAUGGGAAGGCUAGGGAAUGUUGAGCUUGCUGGAGGAGCACUAGCCAUUGGCUUCACCAAUAUCACUGGCUACUCGGUUCUAUCAGGUCUAGCCCUGGGGAUGGAACCACUUUGCAGCCAGGCUUCUGGUUCUAGAAACUUGUCUUUAGUGUCACUCACUCUUCAAAGAACAGUUUUAAUGCUACUAUUAGCCUCGAUACCAAUUGGAUUGUCAUGGUAUAACCUUGAGGUAUUUAUGAUUAGGCUCCAUCAAAACCCAGAUAUAACACAUAUUGCAAGCCUCUACUGCCGCUAUGCCAUACCAGAUCUCAUUGCUAAUAGCCUCCUUCAUCCGCUUCGCAUCUACUUAAGGUGUAAAGGGACAACAUGGCCACUGAUGUGGUGCACAUUAUUUGCAACACUUCUCCACCUUCCAAUCACCAUUUUCUUAGCUUUCACUCUUAGCCUUGGGGUCCCAGGGAUCGCAAUUUCAACUUUUGUCACCAACUUUAAUACCUUGUUCUUCCUUCUAGCCUACAUGAUCUGCGCUCGUACCCCAAAGGAGCCUAUUUGUCAGUCAUUAGUAACACAAACAAUGCCACAUUCCACAACAAGUUCACUGGGGGAAGAGUGGGCCAUGCUACUGCAACUUGCUAUACCAAGUUGUCUAGCUGUUUGUUUGGAGUGGUGGUGGUAUGAGUUCAUGACACUUCUAGCUGGUUACCUUAAUAAGCCUCAUGUUGCUCUAGCAACAUCAGCAAUAGUUAUCCAAACCACCUCUCUUAUGUAUACUUUUCCUUCAGCACUUAGUGCAUCAGUGUCAACCAGAGUGGGCAAUGAGCUUGGAGCAAGUAGGCCAGGUAAAGCUAGUUUGGCAACGGUGGUAGCCAUAGGACUGGCCCUUCUAACAUCUACUUUUGGUCUCUUAUGGACCACCUUAGGGAGAGAAGCAUGGGGAAGAGUCUUCACAAGGGAUAAUGAAGUUCUAGAGUUAACAAUGGCUGUUCUGCCAAUAAUUGGUUUAUGUGAGCUUGCAAACUGUCCACAAACCACAUGCUGUGGCGUUCUCCGUGGAAGUGCUAGUCCUGGUGUCGGUGCACGUAUAAAUUUCUACUCCUUUUACUUGGUCGGCGCACCAGUGGCUAUCAUUCUAGCCUUUGUUUGGGGACUUGGAUUUCCGGGCCUUUGUUAUGGGCUUUUAGCAGCUCAGGCGACAUGUGUAAUUUCAAUCUUCACAGUGAUAUAUAAGAUGGAUUGGGACAGAGAAUCAUUAAAGGCUAAGGACUUGGUGGGAAGAGUUGCUCAUUUUCAUGCGGAUCAAACAGUGAAGUGUGAGAAAGGAUUCCAAUGAUAGCUUCUGAAAACUGAACAGAAUUCAAGGAAGUGACGUGUAGAUAGUGCAUUAUUAACAAUAUAACUGCAAAAUCUCAUUUUCAUUGUUCAAAGUCUCAGUAGAUCUGGUUGUGCUCUUAUAUCUAUACAUUUUUUCCAAUUACCAUCCUUGCCAACCUCCGAGUGUCAUGAUGUAUGCAAAUUUCCCAAGCGAAACUACUGCAGGUACAGUUAAUGAGUUCAGUUCUCUGGUAGUCCAUUUGCUGAUGUUUUACCCUUUCCAUUUGGAUAUACAAAAGCAUAUAGCUAAA